AUGAGUGCUUUCAAAAAGCACUAUAGUCUCUCUCCCAGGACCUUCAGAAGAUCGUUGUCGGAACAAGAUGCUGGCACUGCUGCCUUGAAGGACUAUCAUUGGUACCACCAAAUGAAGAGCAAGAAGAUGAAUAAACAAAUGAGUUCUGACCCAGAGAAACCUCUCAGAGAAUACAGGUGGCAGACACAUCCUCGGCUUCCCUGGAGGAUAAGCAAAAGAGAGGGCUCGUGCAGCCUGAAAGGGAAAUGCAAUGAUCCGAGUCUUGCCAAAAGUUCUGCAAGCAUGGAUGCUAGCAGUGCUGAUGAUCUCCACGAAGACGCAACAGAGAUGCUGUUCCAGGCAAGGACUAGACCGUUUCGGGUUCCCUUCAACCGCUCUCUGUCUGAACCCGUGCCACACAUUGGAAACAGGAAUGCAAAGCCAUUUCUGCAAGCCGUGCGUUCGGUGGACUCUGAACAGCAGGGCUAUUUCAUCCGUGGCAUUUUCUCCUCUCUCUCAAGUGGCUUCUCAAAGAUAAUGAGUCGAAAAGGGGAGCCUGGCAGUGAGUCAGUAAAUGAAAGGAAGACAAACGAUAAUCAAAUUGAUUUGAGUACAGAUGUGAAGGGACCACCUACACACAGACUGUCUUGCGGCCAGUCCCCCUACACUGAAACGACAACAUGGGAGAGGAAAUACUGCAUCCUGACAGACAGCCAGCUGGUGCUGCUCAACAGGGAGAAAGAGGUGCCUAUCGAUGGGGUCCAGGAGCCACAGGCGGAUGCUACCAAAGGGCGCUGCCUGCGCCGGACGGUGAGCGUCCCCUCCGAGGGCCAAUUCCCCGAGUACCCGCCAGAGGGGGCCACCAAACUAGAGGUCCCAGCAGAGAGAUCUCCUCGCAGACGGAGCAUCUCCGGGACCAGCACCUCUGAGAAAACCAACUCCAUGGAUGCUUCGAACACUUCUCCUUUCAAAGUGCCAGGCUUCUUCAGUAAACGUCUGAAAGGGUCCAUCAAGAGGACGAAGAGUCAGUCCAAGCUGGACAGGAACACAAGUUUCCGUCUCCCAUCUCUACGCAAUGCUGAUGACAGGUCACGUGGAUUGCCAAAGCUGAAAGAGUCCCGUUCCCAUGAGUCUUUACUGAGCCCGGGCAGCGCCGUGGAGGCCCUGGAUCUUGGGUCAGAAGAAAAAGUCUUUGUCAAACCACUUCACAGCAGUAUCCUUGGACAAGACUUCUGCUUUGAGGUAACCUACUCCAGUGGCAGUAAAUGCUUCAGCUGUUCCUCUGCAGCAGAGAGGGACAAGUGGAUGGAAAACCUACGCAGAACAGUGCAGCCCAAUAAGGACAACUGCCGUCGGGCUGAAAAUGUGCUCCGUCUCUGGAUCAUUGAGGCAAAGGACCUGGCCCCCAAGAAGAAAUACUUCUGUGAGCUGUGCCUUGAUGACACUCUCUUUGCCCGCACCACCAGCAAAACAAAAGCGGACAACAUUUUCUGGGGAGAGCACUUUGAGUUCUACGGUCUCCCACCUCUUCACAGCAUCACAGUUCACAUCUACAAGGAUGUGGAGAAGAAGAAGAAAAAGGACAAGAACAAUUACGUAGGCCUGGUCAACAUUCCCAUGGCCAGUGUAACCGGUCGCCAGUUUGUGGAAAAAUGGUACCCAGUCAGCACACCUACACCCAACAAAGGGAAAUCAGGGGGACCUUCCAUUCGGAUAAAGUCCCGUUAUCAGACCAUCACCAUCUUGCCCAUGGAGCAAUACAAAGAAUUUGCAGAGUUUGUUACCAGCAACUACACUAUGCUGUGCUCUGUGCUGGAACCUGUCAUCAGUGUAAGGAAUAAGGAAGAGAUGGCUUGUGCUUUGGUGCACAUUCUUCAGAGCACUGGGAGAGCUAAGGACUUCUUGACGGAUUUGGUGAUGUCUGAGGUAGAUCGUUGUGGGGAGCAUGAUGUCUUGAUCUUCAGGGAGAACACACUUGCUACCAAAGCUAUUGAGGAAUACCUAAAGUUGGUAGGGCAGAAGUAUCUUCACGAUGCACUAGGGGAGUUUAUCAAGGCUUUGUAUGAGUCAGAUGAAAACUGUGAAGUGGAUCCCAGCAAAUGUUCAUCCAGUGAACUAACAGAUCAUCAGAGCAACCUGAAAAUGUGUUGUGAGCUGGCCUUCUGCAAGAUUAUCAAUUCUUACUGCGUGUUCCCUCGUGAGCUGAAGGAGGUAUUUGCAUCUUGGAAGCAGCAGUGCCUGAGCAGGGGCAAGCAGGACAUCAGUGAACGCCUGAUCAGUGCCUCCCUCUUCCUCCGCUUCCUGUGCCCUGCUAUCAUGUCCCCCAGCCUCUUCAGCCUCAUGCAGGAGUACCCUGAUGACCGGACAUCUCGCACACUCACGCUUAUUGCUAAAGUCAUUCAGAAUCUCGCCAAUUUUGCUAAGUUUGGUAAUAAGGAAGAGUAUAUGGCCUUCAUGAAUGACUUUUUGGAACAUGAGUGGGGAGGAAUGAAGCGUUUUCUCCUGGAGAUCUCUAAUCCAGAUACCAUCUCAAACAUGCCUGGAUUUGAGGGCUACAUCGACCUGGGCAGAGAGCUCUCAGUUUUGCAUUCCCUCUUAUGGGAGGUUGUGUCCCAACUUGAUAAGGGUGAAAAUUCCUUCCUACAGGCGACCGUGGCAAAACUGGGACCUCUUCCUCGUAUUCUUGCUGAUAUCACCAAAUCAAUGACCAACCCUACACCGAUACAGCAGCAGCUGAGGCGUUUCACUGAGCACAGCUCUAGUCCAAAUGUCAGUGGCAGUCUCUCCUCAGGGCUUCAGAAGAUUUUUGAGGACCCCACUGAUGGUGACUUGCAUAAGCUGAAGUCUCCAACCCAAGAAAACGUAGAUGGAUAUUUCAGGGGCAAGACCUUACUGUUGGUUCACACCCAGAGCAUGACUUACUCGGAUAAGGAUGAAAGGGAAAGUGUCUUGCCCAAUGGACGUAGCAUCUCUCUCAUGGACCUGCAGGAUCCUCACACGGCUCACAGUGACCAUGCUUCUAUCAUGCACGAUGUGCCUUUGCGCUUGGCCGGCAGCCAGCUCUCUAUCGCACAGGUGGCGAACAUCAAACAGCUGUGGGAAACUCAGAGCACGCCCCAGAGCGCUCCCCAGGUGAGAAGGCCUCUGCACCCGGCUUUGAACCAACAGGGCAGCCUCCAGCCUCUGUCGUUCCAGAACCCAGUUUACCAUCUCAACAACCCAACCCCGCCAAUGCCGAAGGCCUCUGUGGACUCCAGCCUGGAGAACCUGAGCACUGCCAGUUCUCGGAGCCGAAGCAACAGCGAAGACUUCAAACUUAGCGGACCCAGCAACAGCAGCAUGGAGGACUUCACCAAGCGCAGCACGCAGAGUGAGGACUUCUCCCGGCGCCACACAGUCCCAGACAAGCACGUCCCCAUCGCGCUGCCCCGCCAGAACAGCAGCAGCCAAGCACAGAUCCGCAAAAUGGACCAAGCCGGGCUGGGUGCCAGGGCCAAAGCACCGCAGUCCUUGCCACACAGCGCUUCCUUGCGGAGCACGGGCAGCAUGUCGGGAGUGUCGGGGGCCAUGGUGACUGAACCCAUUCAGAAUGGGAGCCGGUCCCGGCAGCAGUCCUCCUCCUCUAGAGAGAGCCCUGUCCCAAAGGUGAGGGCAAUUCAGAGGCAACAAACACAGCAGGUUCAGUCACCUGUGGAUUCUGCCACGAUGUCACCGGUGGAAAGGACGGCUGCGUGGGUUCUCAAUAACGGGCAGUAUGAAGAAGUAGAGGAGGACGCAGAGCAGAAUCCAGAUGAAGUCAAGCAUGCUGAGAAGUAUGAACAAGAGAUAGCCAAGCUGAAGGAGCGCCUGAAGGUGUCAAGUCGCCGGCUGGAGGAGUAUGAGCGGCGGCUCCUGGUGCAAGAGCAGCAAAUGCAGAAGCUGCUGAUGGAGUACAAGUCUAGGCUGGAAGACAGUGAGGAGAGGCUGCGCAGGCAACAGGAGGAGAAGGACAGCCAGAUGAAAAGCAUCAUCAGCAGACUCAUGGCAGUUGAAGAGGAGCUGAAGAAGGAUCACGCAGAGAUGCAAGCUGUCAUCGAUGCAAAGCAGAAGAUAAUUGAUGCACAGGAGAAGCGGAUCGUGUCCCUGGACUCCGCCAACACGCGGCUGAUGAGUGCCCUGACGCAGGUGAAGGAGCGCUACAGCAUGCAAGUCCGCAAUGGCAUCUCCCCCACCAACCCCACCAAGCUUUCCAUCACGGAGAAUGGUGAAUUCAAAAACAGCAGCUGCUAACUGGGCAGAUGCUGCCGACCAUCUCCCCAGGAGAAGGGCAAGAGGGAGCAGACUCGAGAAACCUUCAAAAUAAGCCCCCCUUCCCCUUACAGGUUUACAUGAUGCUGCUAAUAAAAUGGAAA